AUGGGAAUAGAAAACAAAACAGCCCAACAUAGCGAUGUGAAUGAUGCAAAUGAGGUUAAGCAUAAACAAUUAAGAAGAGAAACUGUUGGAGAAAGAUUACAGCACAACUGUAAAGAAAUGGAACAUGAAAGGAGGACUGAACUUGACCAUGAUAAUGAUGUUGAUGGUGCUGUUGGAUUAACUGUUGGAUUAAAGACUGAUGAUUACCAUGGCAACGAUUAUGAAAGUGACAUGGAUUCAAUAGAUGAGGAACUUAGUUGGUUGACUAAAGAGAUGAAGGAAACAUUCCAGAAACAUGCUGAUUCUGAGGACAGAAUUUUUAAUGAGGGGGUGCGGUGCAGUACUGAAACACUUACACAAUCUGAAUGUCACGAAUGUGAACAAGACCACAAAAGUGACAUUGAUGAAAUUACAAGUGAUGAAGAUGAUGAUGAAAAAGCACUUAAAGCUGAAAUGAAAGCAAUGAAGCUUCAACAGAUGAAAUUAAAAAAGGAACUUCAUCUGAAAGAGAAAGCAAAAAGAUUCAAGGAACAAGAAUUAUUGAAAGAAACGCGUCGUAAACAGAAAGAAGAAAGAAUAAGGAAACGAACAAAACAAGAAUUGCAAGAAGAUAUUAUGGAGACACGGAGCACAAUUACGUCAUUAGACGAGGAAGUAAAAGUUCUGCGUGAAGCUUCAAUACUGCAACCAUCAAGCGCAACCAUAUCAACUGUCAAUACUGAAACAGAAAACAAAACAAAACUAGAGGACAUGAAAAAUGAAUAUGAUGUUGAUCUCGACGGAACUGAUUUAAGUCCGGAACAAAAGCAAGAGGUGGAGUUAGAAGAAGAGGACAAGGAAAAGACAGCGUUUCAAGUGGAUGGACUAGGUACAUCCGCACCUGUAAAAGACAAACCGGAGGCUUGUGAUCAAGUUCCAGAAGAUGUCUUGCAAACAUACGCCCUGAGUUCUCACAAUUGGAGAAAGUCACAGCUGGCCGACCCAGUAAUUUCCAAGGUUAUUCAUAAAUUACAAGCUGGCACAAGACCUUCUGUAUCAUCUUCCUCAGACUAA